CCAGAGUUAAUCAUUUUGUGACGGGCUAAUCAUCCCGCGCCGAUUUGUGACGAUCCAAUCAGCGCCCGCUGUACCUAUAUCAAAGGUAAAAGAACCAUUGAAGGGGCGCUUCCAGCGAUCCUUGGCUACUGCAUUCGUUGCGAUGGUGGUAUUUCACGUGAAGCGCGGCGACCGCAGCGAGUUCCUGUUCGAGACACCGGUCUCUGUCAGCAACGACACGCUGAUCCGAUCGCUGUGUCGCCUGCAGAACCUGCGUCUGCGCCUGUCGACGCUUGCUGACGCGCUGGAGGGCCUUGGCCGCUACGGCGCGGCCAAGUCGCCGCAGAAGCAGGGACUGGACGCCUACCAGGAAGGAGCGGCUGACAAGAAGCGUGGCGAGUUCUACGAGGCGGACCCGCUGGGCCACCGCACGGGUGAAGGCGUGAGUCCGCAACUCAAAGACGUGCUGUCGCGCGUAGCCGCCGACGCCAAGUCAGCGGUGGACAGCAAGGCGCAGGUUGCGCGUCGCAUUUGUAUCGAGGAAGGCGAACUGCUUGAGAAGCUGCAGAAUAUCCGCGGAGCCGUUGCCAUGGCCUUCCCCAUGGGGCUGCCAGCACACGAUCCGGUGACGCUCAUGCUGGACGCUGAACGCGCGGAGGACGCGCUGACCGACUCAUCGGCUGUGCUUGAAGUCAUGCCUGAGGACACGACGGAGCUGUGGUGGGCCGGCAAGCAGUUCUUCAGGGACCAGCAUGUCCGCGACCUCGCUGGAAAGAACGAAAAGUCGACGCUCAUUGUCAAGCUACAGAAGAAAGGAGGCGGCGCUCCGAGUCGGGAGCCUGGAGUGAGUGAGGAGGAGCGCAAAGCAAUGAUGGCAUUCUACUUUAAAAAGCAGCAGGAGCUGCAACAGGCGGCAGAAGACGACGCAGAGGACUACAUGACGUCGUCUUGGGCGGACCCCAAGGCGCUCAAGAACGCGUUGCGCGGCACCGGUAACAUUCGACCCUUUUGAUCGAGCACGCAGCUUGUUAAGCAACACCAUAAUGAUCAUUUUAUCAGUAUUGGCUUGGUGGAUGCAUCCCUGUUAUGAGCUAGGGAUAAACAAAGUCUCACUAGCUGGGAUUUACCAUACAUAACCUCCUACGAACUGCACGACUAUCUGACAGACAACAGUAUCGCUAAUCACGUUUAUGUUCUAUGACGUCGAUGGAGUGUUACAUGUAGAAUUGAAGGCCAGCUAGCCUCACCAA